AUGUCACCUCCGAGCAAUCCGGCUCCAAAGAAGAAGGUGAAAGUGUUUUUGGACAGAAAAGUGAACCUCAGAAUAGGGUCCAGGUUUCCCCGCUCAGGCCUGACCUCUGCAGCGACACCGAACAUGGGCUGGGACGCCUGGGGCCCAUGGAGCGACUGUUCCCGCACCUGUGGGGGCGGGGCUUCGUUCUCGCUGCGCCGCUGCCUGGACUCUGGAAACUGCGACGGGAAAAAUCUCCGCUAUAGACGCUGCAGCAGUGCGGACUGCCCCCUGGAGGCCGGGGACUUCCGUGCUCAGCAGUGCUCCGCCCACAACGACCUGAAGCUGCAGGGGGUGUCCCAUGAGUGGAGUCCAACGCCCUAUGACCCCUCUGCUCCCUGUGCACUCCGGUGCCAGGCCUCAGGGGGGGGCCUCACUGUGGAGCUGGCCCCCAAAGUGCUGGACGGUACACGCUGCAGAGAUGGUGCCCUGGACAUGUGCAUCAAUGGCGUCUGUCAGGUCAGAGCAACUCCAUGA